UCCGGGGCCGCAAACGACUCUCAAAAAUCAAACAAACGAGGGCCUCGCGAACGCGGCCGACGCGGCAACGCUGGGAAGUGGGCGCCAGCGCCGCUCGAGGCUGCCGGUGGCGCGCCGCCGCCCGGGAAGCAGCCAUGGGCCGCAAAACCCCAGAACCCGUAAAACAGCCGAAGCCGAAAAAAACGCCGGACGACAAGCGGCUCAUCUCCUUCCGCAUCGCCCACGCCGUGGCGGACCCGGACGCGCGGCCCCCGCCGCGGUCGCCCCAGGCCGCGUCGCCCAAGACGCGGCGGUCGCCGUCCGCGUCGCCCGCGCGGCUGCCCAUCUCGGCCUCGUCUGAGUCCAAGGCGGCGCGCCGCGGCGCCGUGCCGCGGUCGCCGCCUCCUUUGCCGCCCGUGCGUUUUUCCGCGUCCUUCCACGCCUUCGGAGUCCCCACGUCGCGAGGACGAUACUUUCUGUCCAAGAUCUGAGAGAGAAAGAAGACAGAAGCGCAGCGUCGAUGGCGUGGAGGUGGACGUACAAAGUCAUCCGUGGCGUCGAUGGCGUUGGAGAGAGACGGAGCCAAGACGCGUAGACCUACGAUGGCGCGAAAAGUACACGAGGACGUGGAGAGAGACAGAGAGAAGCUACGCGUCGAUGGCGUUGGACAGACACGGAGACAAGACGCGAGAGACACACGUAGAGACAAAGACAAAAAACAAACACAGGUCACGGCCCUCAGCCAAGUAGUCGCCUUCGAGGUCGACGCAUCGGGCAGCGACGCCGCGCCGCCUAGAAGAAGGCGCUCCGCCUCCACCACUUCCGCGGCGUCGUCGACGGGCAUCCCGCCGUCGAAUUCCCAGACGUCGCUCGCGUCGUCGGCGUCGUCGACGCCCGGCAAAAAACCCUUAGCGGACGGCGGCCGCGCGUCGCCGCGGACGAUCGCCGCGCGCAACGCCGCGACGCAGUCGACGCCCCAGGACGACAAGGAGAACCCCGUCCGCGUCGUCGAGAAGCGCCUCGAGGCCGAGCGCCGCCUCACGGAAGCGUUACGAAGGGAGGUCGCCCUCCUCAAGGAGCAGGAGCGCGACGCGCGGCGCGACGCCGACGCCUGGCGCAAGGAAGCCGAGAAACUGCGGGACGAGGCCGCGCGGCACGCGGCUUCCGCGGCGGACGCGAGCCAAGGCUUAGAACGCGAGGCGGAGAUGGCCUGGCGCGAGGCCGAGACCUGGGUCGAGCGCGAGGAGGCCCUGGAACGGCGCGAGGCCUACGCGCACGAGAGCGCGCUCGGCGACGCUGAACAAAUCGCCGCGCCGUCGCCGCGGUCCUGGCCCUCGUCGGCGUCGUCGUCGAAAGGCCGGCGCCGGACGCACUUCGCGCCGGCGAGCCCGCCGCGCGGCCGCGACGAUGAUGAUGAUGACGAAUCCUGGGCCGUGGCCUUACAUCGCAACGCGGGCAAGGCCGAGGAGCCGCCAAAACAAAAGAAGAAGCCCAUGUCGCUGCACGAGAAGCUCUCGAGCCCGCGCGUUUUGCGGCGUCCUUUGCUGAUCGCGUCGACGGCGUGGGGAGAGACACGGCGUCGACGGCGAAAAAACAAUACUAAACGCAGGCACCGCCAGCCGCCGUCGCCCGCGGAACAGAAGCGCAAGCAGGAAGCCAGACAAGAAAGCGCCCGCCGGAACCGCGGCCGCCUCGAGCGCGAGCAGGCCGCGAGAUUGAGAGAAGCGGCGGAUAGAGUGAGGGACGUCCGCGCCACCAAAAACCUCUCGAAAUUUGAACGAGAAGCCGCGGCAGCCAAGCGCCACGGCGAGGCCGCUAGAAGACACGCGGCGCACCUCGAAGAGGUUCGGAGGCGCGCCACGAAGGAGUCGGACAAGGUCGGCGAGGCGGCGUUCGUCCACGAGCUCGGGCUGCGGGGCCACGCGGCAGACCUCAAAAGGCGAUUGGAGGCCAUGGAGGCGAGGAUCGACGAAGCGCGCGACCGGCGGCGCGACUUACUCGCGGACAAAGAGUCGAAAAGACGCGAUAGAGAGCGGGCGCACCGCGAGCACGUGGGCACGCAGCGCAUCGAACGGGCCGAGCUGGCAGCCGCGCGCUGGGACAAGCUCCAGUCGCGGUUGGAAGCGGUGGAAAGGAGACGCGCGGCGCGCAUGGACGCGUUGGGCGACGCGGCGCGGCGCCGCGACCAGCGCGCCGCGGCGGCGGCGUCGCGCGUGGCGGCGGCGGCCGCGCGGCCCAAGGCCGGGCCGCCUCCAUUGGCACGCGCGGCCGAGGCCGCGGCCGCCGCCGACGCCGCCGACGCGGCCGCGGCGGCCAAGGCCGCGCUGGCCCGCGACGAGCCGCCGCCGCCGCCGCCCGUCGUCGUGGCGCCGAAGCCCGCGGCCGCGGCGCCGCCGCCGCAGCAGCCGCCGAAGCGCCGCCGCCGCCGGCGCACGCGGAGCGGCGGCGCCGAGAUGGCCAAGCCGCUGGACGCGGGCCCGGGCGCGGCCGCUGCCGCCGCGGCGCGCCUGCUGGCGGACGCCUGGGCCGGCGACCGCGACCACGACGGCGACGGUAGUCCAGAAGCGAUCUUCGCGAAGCGCGUCGCCGCGGCGGCGAACGCGGCGAACGGCGGCAAGCCCCUCGAUGCGGAUUUCAAAGACCGCGUCGCGGGCGCCGCGAACGACGCCGCGGCCUGGGCCCUCGCCAAGUACGUGCGCGAGGACGCGUCCCCGUCAUCAAAAGAGUGCUGCCUGCCGGCCUGCGUCUGCCUCGCGGCCGCUUUAGGUGACGACCCUUCAAGAUUAUCGGCGUUGGACGAUGCCGUCCUGGACUUAGCAAGAGACGUCUGCCUCAAGUCGGCCUGCAAGCAGCACAACGACGUCGCGACGGCGGCGCUGGCUUGCGUGGCCGCCGCGUGCACGGCGGGGCCCGCGCCGGGUUUUGUCGAGCGGGGCGCGGGCGGCGCCGUCGUCGCGUCCUUGGUCGAGGCGUGCCUCGCGCCGGACGGCUCUCUCCUAACACCGUCGGCGGCGGCCGUGGCCGGCGAAGGUUUGAAAGCCCUGAACGCGAUGGCGAGGACGGAUCGCGAGGCGGUCUGCGAGGCGGUCUUCGCGGCGCAGGAACUGAGACCCCAGUUAUUGCACCUCUGCGACGUGCUCUUCUCAUGUUUACACGUGGGCGGGCCCUUCCAGCGGACGGCGUCGGAUGGUUUAGAUGCCUUGGUCGAGUUGGUGGGUCAUCUCGCAAGGCACGACCAGGAGUGCCUGCUCUGGGCGUCUCCAUCCAGACCGGCGCUCAUGGAGCGGUUGGUCAAAUUGCCGAUCCGCUACUUUUCUUCAUCUUCUGGAAUGAACGCGCUCUUCCCGACGCUGGCCGCGGCGUGCGUGGGCAACGACCGCGUCUCGGCCAAGGCCGCGGAAGAUGUCGGUUUAGGUGCGGUCGCGGACUACGUCCGCGGCGCGUCCUCAAAUAAGACGGCGGCGGAGGCGCUGCGCGGCCGCCUGCCCGAGGCGGAGUGGGCCGCGGCGGCUGCUUAUCUGGAUAGGGUCGGCGACGCGGGGUCGCUAGACUAAAAGUUUUGAAAAGCAAACAUUUACUA